UUUUUGCUUACAGUGUUGAAACAUAAUACUAAUAUUUCCGUUUCCUUGGUGUGUCUUUUGUAAGCUGUUAUGUUCCCCUAACUCUAACUCUGAAAGUGUUUAACUGACUCAUAUUGACUGUUAUCGUCCGAGUUGCAUCUGUUUGUAAUUCUAAAGUUUUCCUUCUUACUCAAACCAGUGCAUGUGGCUUUAAAACACAUAUUUAUCCCUGUAACCCUAGCUGGGAACCACUGCAUACUCUCUGUGCAAUAAAAUCAUAUCAGAGUUCAUGCUUCACUGAAACAUGAUGCUAAUUGUUCUGUCAUUAUCAUUAUAUGAAGUGUGAAUUCAAGGUGAGGUGUGUGUUGUUGUUUUUUUCAGCAAAGACAAACACUGAUCUGAACUGAACACCAUUUCAACAUUAGUGGAAAAUAUCAGUUUGUCUUUUUUUGGAAUAGUGGCAUAAGUGAAAGGUUUCAGGAGUUGCCUUGCAGUGCUCUGUGUUUCUGUGAUUCAGCUCUAUUACAAAUUGAUUAAUUCGUCAUGAAUGCUGCAUGCUCAGCUGGUGCAGAUAACAGACUACAGAUGGGCUAUGUGUUCUUACUAAGCCUGAAUGGUGAUUAAUUUUAAAUGGAAGCUGUUACUCGCUGCACUAAUGUGGAGCCUCUGGGUGCUGGACGGCCACCGACUGACUGAAGAGCCAUGAGAGUCUCUGAGAGCUGAGGGACAUGUACAUGCUUAUGUCUCAGGUUCCCCUCUGAGUGUGUGUGGGUGAGCGUGUGUGUGAAUCCAAACAGGGGGGUAUCCAAUACAGGAUAAAAUUAGGCCAGCCAGGCCUUAUAUUGCUGACGGAGCUGGGGUGGCCAAAAAAAGCCUGGACUGCAAGCCAACGGUGGAAGUUCAAGAAAGAGAGGAGAGCGAGCAGGAUCACCGCAGAAAUGGCCUCGAAACUGGUGGAUCUGAUGUAUUGGAAGAACAUGAGGAAGACCGGCUUCGUGUUCACGGGGCUGGUGGUGGGCCUGGCCAGCCUGUUCCAGCUCAGUGCCAUCACUGUGCUGUCCCACGUCUGUCUGGGCAUCAUGUGUGUCACCUUCCCCCUCCGUCUCUACUACAAACUGCUGGAGCUGCUGCGCUGGAACCCUGGGGUGCACCCCUUCCAGACCUAUUUGGAUUAUGACAACUCACUGACAGAUAAGGAGACGGUGGUGUUGGUAGAAGAGGUGGUGCUGUUGAUCGCAUUUGCCGUCACAGAGAUCAAACGCCUCCUUUUUAUUGAAAAUGUCAUCGACUCAAUUAAGUUUGUGGUGCUCCUGUAUCUGUUGUCCUAUGUCGGCGUCCUGACUACCGGACUGACUCUGGUGAUAGCUGUCGUGAUUGCUGUUUUCUCCCUUCCUCUCUUGUAUAAAAAGCAGCAGGUGCGGAUAAGGAGGAUUGUCAGAGCAGUCAAAGCUUUCAUAAAGAAAGUAAAAGCCCUUUGCAUGAAUCUGUACGAAUCAGUGAAACCCUCUCCUGCACCAGCACCUGCACCAGCACCUGCAGUGGUCGCCAAACAGAAAGCAAAGGCAAAGUAAUUUGUUGGUUAUUAAUAUG